AUGAAACUAUUACGAUUUGAUCGCAAAAGAACACUAUUUAAACUGAUUUCCCAUAAAAAACGUUUAGCGGCAGGAACAAGUGAAAACUCCACGACGAUCUCCUCAACAAGAGGUAAAAGUAACCUCAACCAGCAAUCUACUCGAAACCCAAGAUGGCGAUUCAUUAGCUCGCACAAGCAACACACACAUACCUAUAGAGCAGCCAAUCUAAAAUUUGGUCGAAAGUUGACAAAAAAAUGGAAAGAACACGAGUACAAACUGCAAAGACAUAAAAAAUGUAAAGAAGAUUAUUUACGUUACAUUCAAUAUCAAAUGGAUUUGCUUAAACUAAUAAAGCUGCGCAGAAAGAAAUUUGGCAUCACAAAAAAUAAAUCUGACCUUGACUUCACAAUUGCUAACAAAAUUAAUCAUUUGUAUAAAGAAGCAAUAUAUAGAUUUCAAGACGAUCUUCGGUUUUGGAUAGCAUAUAUCACAUUUUGUAAACACUUUAAAUUCAAUAGCUGUGCAAGUCGAAUGAUAAGUAGAAUGCUAUUGGUUCAUUCAGAUAAACCAAAAUGUUGGCACAUUGCAGCACGCUGGGAACUAGAAGAAAAUAAAAAUUUUGAGAAUGCCAGAGAUUUUCUCCUUAAAGGCUUACAUGUCCAUAAUAAUUCUCAAUUACUUUAUACUACUAUUUUCAAGUUGGAAUUGGAUUAUGUACAGUCAAAAACCAAAAAUGCUGAAUCGAAAACUGAAAACACAAAUGCUGAAAGUAACAAUGAUUUAGAUAUGCAAUCUAUAUUGAGAAAAGCUUAUUUGAUAUACGAACAAGCUUUUCAAAAAGUUAAAGAUGUGAAGUUUAUUGUUGAACUUUUAAAUAUUUUACAAGAAUACAAAAACACAGAAAAGUUACAGCAUAAGAUUGUCAAUGACAUUAUUGUAGAAUAUCCUCAUGAACCUUUGAUGUGGGAUACCAUGGCUCAGAGAGAACUCAAGGGUUUAAUACAACCGACAUGCAAUAAUGAAAAUUCAAUGGUAGUUGAUGGUUCUGAGCCUGUUUCUGUACGGGACAAAAUAAGCAAUUGUUACGAAGUUUAUCAGAUUGCAGUAAAAAAAAUAAAAACAGAAGAAAUGUGGUCUUUGUUCAUUGAUUGCAUGCUUGAAAUAAAUCAAGAUGUAGAUACUCUUCCAAAUUUCAAACGUAAACUCUUGAGAAAUGCCCUGUUGCAAGCUCAUCAAGCAAAAAAGUUAAAGGAAAAGUAUUAUUUAGCCUGGAUUGACAUGUUGAAUGUAAAUGAAAUUAAUCAAGAUACUAAAAAAAACAACAAACUGUGUGAAGUUCUUUGUUGGGCUAAUGAAGCUUUUCCCGAAAGUGAAAGUCUUUGGCAAGCUAAAUUACAAUACCUUUUACACUCUGAUCAAGAAGAAUUAGGAGAAGAAACCUUUAAAAAAGCUAUUGAAAUUUUAGGAGAAAACUCUAUUUCUUUGUGGAAGUUGAAACUUCUCCACAUUCAAACAAAAAAUCCCAAGCUUUUAGAAAAAUUUUAUCAAGAAGCAUUAGACAAUAAAUCAGCCAUUAGCAAUUAUUUUAAACCACUUUAUAUAGAAUGGAUUGCUUUAACAAAAGAUAUUGAAGUUGCACGAAAAGUUUACGACAAACUUUGUCUUACUCCUCCGUUAUGUUUGGAGCUGCACAGAAAAAUGGCUGUUCUUGAGAUUUUGCAACCUGAAAUAACACUGUACAAUGCUCGCAAACCUCAUGAAAUGGCAACUUCACUAUUUGGUAGAGAUAAUACUGAUGUUUGGAUUAAAUAUAUAAUUUUUGAGAUGAAACACGGAGAAGCCACAAAAGUAUCAAACAUAUACGAUAGAGCUAAAAAAAUGUUAAAACCCAAGCUUACAGAUGAUUUCAUAAAUGAAUAUAGUAUGAUCAAAGCUCAUCCUAAAUUGGUCGAAAGACCUUUGUAAAUAUUAAUAGCAUUAUUGUAAAAUGUAUUUUAAAUAUAUUUUAAUUUUUACUCUUAAGUACAAAAAUGUAUAUCCACGUCAUUUUAUAUGACAAAUAAAAUAUCAAUAGAAAUAUUACGAUAAAUAAACAACA